CUAACAAUUACGUACCAGAGAAUUGGGAGGCAUGAAGUUCACCGACUCACCCGUGAUAGAGCUCCCGGUUCGAACCGCCGUCCUUUCCCUCCAACAGGACAACGGCUCCCUCCACGUCGGCACCUCCGUCUGGCCCUGUUCCCUGGUCCUCGUCAAAUUCGCCGAGCGCUGGGCCCCACCCGGCCCCGAUGCCCAAAACCCCUACGCCAACCUCCUCGACUUCCACGGCAAGCGAGCCGUGGAGCUCGGCGUCGGCUGCGGAGCCGCCAGCAUGGGCCUUUAUCUGCUCGGCUUGACCGACCUCGUCCUUACCGAUUUUCCCGCGGUCAUGUCCGCACUGAAGCACAACCUCAAGCGCAACAAGCCCGUCCUGGGGAAGACGCUCAAGCACGCCAUCGUGCACUGGAACAAGGCGGCGGAUCAGGCCAAGUCCCUGAGCCCUCCAUACGACGUCGUCGUGGCGACGGACGUCGUUUACAUAGAGGAGACUGUGGGCCCGCUCGUGUCCACCAUGGAGGCGCUGGUGAAGGACGACGGCGUCGUUUUGCUCGGGUACCAGCUGAGGUCUCCGGAAGCACACCAACUGUUCUGGGAAAUGUGUGAGAGGGUUUUUGUGAUAGAGAAAGUUCCGCACCAGGAUUUGCACCCGGAUUAUGCGUACGAAGAGGCUGAUGUGUUUGUCUUGCGCAAGAAACAAAAAGGAGGGCUGACUCAGGAUGCUGCUCCCGACUCUCUGUGAAUGCAGGUUUUUGGUCUUAGAUUUUGGAGUUUCUUCUUUUGGUUUUUUGUGUUAAAAGUUUGUCAAUGUUUGUGCUGUUUGUUAUGCUGCUUUAAUACUAAAUUAAUUUGUGUCUUUUUGGCUCACUACUUGUAAAUUUGCUUACGAAAUGAUCAAAUCAAAUUUCACCAGUACUU